UUCUCGUUUUUAUUUCACUUGUUUUUCUUUUUUUAUUGUUAUUCAAUUACAUAAUAGAUUAAUUAGAAUAACGAAUGAGUCUAUGUUUGAUUUCAUCACAAAUAUAUAUUCAGAUAAAACGCAUCAAACCUUCGAACUAAUAAUAUCAAAUACAAGUAAUAUAAACUAAGAGAUAUUACAAAAUUGGUGAUACAAAUAAAAUAAAAAAUCUUACAUGCCUUCCGAUUGGGAAGGCAAGAAAGUUUGAGUUCACGAUCUCGCACGAGUGAGUAUCGAAAAGUCAGUGAACUGUUCUCCUCAGACUCUUUCUAUCCCUCUCUUUCUCGUAUUUUAUAUCGAGGAACAACGGGGGAAGGAAGAAGAAGAGGAGGAGAAGGAGGGAAGAGGUGGUGGUGGUGGUGGUGGUGGUGAUGAUGGUGAUGAUAAUGAUAAUAAUGAUGAUGAUGAUGAUAAUUUGAUGAUGAUGAUAAUGAUGACGGAGUGGUGGUAAUGAAGGUGGUGGUGUUACCCAACUAUAACGCAAAUCGGUAGAAAGUUCAAGGGAUAGUCGUCGUGCCAAAUAUAAAAAUCGUCGUUACAAACAUUGCGCCGUCAAACUGCAUGAAAAAAACAAAAAAAAGAAAAAAAAGCAAAGAAGUAUAAGAAGAGGAAGAAAAUACUUUUUCAAAGAAAGUAAUCCCAUACGCGGAUAUACACGUGUUCACGCGUGCGCGAGUGCACACGCACAGGUAUUGGUAGCAAGAGAAGGAGAAGAUGGAAGUGUAGGGGGGUGGUGGUGGAUAUCAACUCGUAGACUUUCUUGAUGCGAUCUAUGUGACGUUUCCUUCGGUUCGUUCGUGUUCGAUCGUAUGUCAGUUCGUCCUCUAUGAUUAAACUCGAGUUAAGUUAAAUCGUUGCUCGUGUGUUUUAAUGUAAGAGUAUAGUAGAGUUGGUGGUAGGUAACAGUACCCAACAAGUAGUAUCCACGUGCAGAAAGAAACAUUUAAAUAUUCUGCAAUUAAGUUGUAUCCUCUUUCGAUAAGAGAAAAAGAAUAUUCUUUUUUUUUUUCUUUUAAUUUAAUUCAGUUAAUUUUUAGUAGAUCUGUUUUCUCUUUCUGUAUCGUAUCCUCCCCCUUUCCCCUCCCCCUUUCUAUUACUUUCCUUAACUUCACAAAUAUUUGAAUUUGAAAUUUGGUGGGAACCAAUGCUCGGCGGAAUAAUGGACGGUCUCAUCGAGAUUUUCCUCUUCUGCGGGGUGAUUUACUACUUUUUCAAUAUCAGUUUCCUUUACAGAGCUACAAACAUGGUUGAUGUACUUUUCAUGCGACUGCAAGAAGUUUAUGUAAAAUGGGAGAAAAGGGCGGAGAGCGUGAAACCAAAUAUUAAAACUGAAGAGGAAGGCGUUAUUCCGCGUAAAAAAAGGGAAGAUGUUGUACAAAAAUUUUCUGAAGAUAAUGAUUUAUUAUCUACUGCUAAAUAUAAUAAAAUGACCUUUGACGAGCUACCUGCAUCGUGUUAUGGAAGAACGGGUUCAUUAUUAAGAAAUUGUUGCUCUCGUUGUACUAUGGUUUCGUCUAAAAAUAAUGCAAGUUUAGUAAAUCAACAAUGUCGGGACCCAUAUGGUGCGAACAUAUUGACGAUAGAUUCCGGUCCUGGAUUAUUUUCUAAAUUGUUUGGUCAUUUGUCUCACGUUUACAAUGUUAAAACAUAUUAUUAUCCAAGAUUAACGGAGACAGUAUUGAACAAUGAAAGAUUAAAAGAAGCGAUUAAAUUAGCUGGUUACGAAAUGUCUAUAAAAGAUCAAAUAAAUGAAAAAGCAGCCUUGAUAAAAUCUCAAGAACGAGCGAAAAAGAUACUUUUAGACAUGGAAAGUAGAAUUAGUAACGUCUUAUUAAAAAUAGCCGCAUGGGUUCUUUACAAAUUAUUACCCUGUUUCACACAAUCGGCUAUAGUUUAUUCUCCGCAUGUAGAAAUGUUGACAAAGGCAAAAGAAUCUGGUUUGCCUUUAAUUUUCUUACCUCUGCAUCGUAGUCAUUUGGAUUACGUUAUGAUAAGUUUUAUUCUUCUUAUCUAUAAUAUUAGAAACCCGUUGAUUGCAGCUGGUGAUAAUUUAAAAAUUCCUGUUUUUGGAUGGCUUCUCAGAGGUUUAGGUGCUUUUUUUAUUAAACGUCGUAUCGAUUCAUCCGCAAAUCGUAAGGAUGUUCUUUAUCGUGCCAUUCUUCAUACAUAUAUUACGGAAAGUCUUCGAGCUGGUCACAACAUGGAAUUCUUUGUCGAGGGUGGCAGAACAAGAACUGGUAAACCAUGUAUGCCAAAAGGUGGUAUCCUAAGUGUUAUUGUCGACGCUAAUAUGGAUGGUACAAUCGAGGAUGCUUUAAUAAUACCGACUGCAAUGAAUUAUGAGCGUCUGGUAGACGGAAACUUUGUCAGAGAACAAUUAGGACAACCCAAAAAAAUGGAGACUUUUGGAUCAACUAUAAAAGCUAUGUGGGCUACGUUAAUGGGAAAUUAUGGGAUUGUUAAAAUUAAUUUCUGUCAACCAUUUUCACUUAAAGAAAUGGUGAAAUCAGUUCAAGAAUUACAACAAAUACAGUCUAAAAAAUUGCCAAGAGAAGACAGGACUCUCAAAUACACGAUUUCUAAUUCAUCUCUUUAUGGAACAGAUUUCGUAGUAGAAGAACAUCGUCAACUGGUUGAUAAAAUAGCGCAUCAUGUUGUAUACGAUUGUUCUAAAUAUACUCCUAUUAUGUCAACGAAUGUUGUCGCUUGUCUACUUUUAAAUAAAUUCAGAAAUGGAUGUACUUUAGACGAAUUAGUAGAAUCGUUUAAUGAAAUUCGAGAAGAUUUCAAAGAUGAUGAUUUGGCAUUCACUGGCCAAACCAUUGACAUUAUUAAUCAUGCAUUGGAUAUCUUAGGCCCAGGAUUAGUCAAACAACAAGAAGAAGAAAUAAUAGAAUCUGUGGAUGGACAGAAUAUUAAAUCAAAUGUCGUUAAGGUUUUUCCUGUAACAAUAUUAUCAAGUUUAAUUGAAUUAUCGUAUUACAGCAAUACUAUGCUUCCUUAUUACGCUAUGAAAAGCGCUAUAGUAACGGUAAUUUGUAUCGAAACGAUACCCAAAGUAAUAAAUUCCGAAGUUACUCUAACCAAUAAAACUUUUACUAAAGAGGAAUUAAUAAAGAAAAUAAUUAACCUAUGUGAUAUGUUAAGAUACGAGCUUAUUUUUUGUAAACCUUGUGAGACGCUUGAAUUAAAAAUUGAUCAAAUUAUAGAUGAGCUCAAACAUUCUUUUUCUAUUAAAUUAGAUGAGGAAUGUUAUAUGGAUAUAGAAAAAUGGAGUAGAAAAUGUUCAAAGUAUUUUGAUAUUAGUUCAGACGAAGAAUGUACAGAAAACGUUCCUAUAAGGCCGAAACGAUAUUCUCUUGAUUUAACACCAAUAGAAGUCACGCAUAUGGAAUUUUUACAUACGCUUUUACGUCCAUUAAUCGAUACAUACUCGUGUAGUGCACUUACUUUGAAAAAAUUAAUAGGAAAAUCUUUAUCCGAAAGGGACUUAAUCGAAGAAGUUUCUAAAGAAAUUCAAACGAAUUUGGACAGCAGUGCAAUUCUUUAUGGUGAAAGUUUAUGUGUUGAUCCUAUUAAGAAUUCUUUUAAGCUUUUUGAAAAGUGGGACAUCUUAGAAUGUAUUCUUCAAGAUAACGUUAAAAAAUUUAAAUUAAAACCAGCUUUCAAUACAAACGAGGCUAUCGAAACGUUAUAUCAAAAUCUAGCAAUGUUUAAAUGGAUCAGAAAUACAGAGUGAACUUCAAGGUAAAAAAGUUUAUCAAAUGUUGUAUAUAGUUUUUCUAAGCCGUAAAGCAUAUUUUAUAAGACUUUUCUAGAUGAUAUUCUGUAAAUUCGCGUAAAAAAA